GUUUCCUUGAACCAAUAACGUUGUGCGAGAGAAUUACAUUGUUGCAGUGGGGGUUGCUUAUGAGGUUCCUUCAAAACUCUUUUUGAGCAGAGUACGUAGCCUAUCUAUGCGGGCUUUUAUUUUUCGUCGCUAAGCAAGUUUAGUCUUUAUUUGUCAUAUCAGUAUAUUUUGCCAACAGCGAAAGACGGCCGACACAUUUAUAGCCCUUGCCCAGCAAAGCAUUAUGCUACUUUAGAAAAAGAUUUGCUGCAAUUUCUAUUGGUUUUUGAGUGGUAGAAAAUACCAUAUUUUGCAGUUAGCUUCUAGGGUGCGUUUUAAUUUCACGGGAUAAAGAAAAUAUAUUUUAUUUACUGAGUGUGUAGGCUAUUGUGCUGGACUGUAUGUCAGACGUUUUCGUUAUUAUUUAGGCGCGUUUAUAGGAAGACUGCAGUGAAAACAAGACGUUCAAUUUGACUUGUAACGAAUUGUUGGCUAAAGUCGCUAUCAGAAUGACCGAGGACAAUGUCACUAAAAGUAUUGAAAUCAUUAAAGGUAAGUGCUGUUCUGAAAGCAAACAAUACCUUGACUACUGUAAAUUGUUGCAAUAUUGAUAUCCGUCGGUCGAGACAUUUCCGGGAGAAAGGAAAUUCAAAUUCAAACUGGCUCGUGCCAUUUGUUUUGCCCGCACAUUGUGGCACAAUUAACAAUCAUUCAUUUGUAGCUACCGGUACUUUGUUUUAUGUUUGUUUGACUGUCCAUAUUCAAAUCAAAUCCAACCCAUGAUGAAACUCAAACAGAAUAUAAUAAAAAUAGUUCUCUAGAUCACUGAACGCCCUCUCCCCAAGACCACGACCGUGUGCCAAAAAAAGCUUUUAAACCCCCCUUUCUUCUAUUUUUCAGAUCAACUGUAUUUCGCAGUACUACAGCAUAAGAUAAAAAGCACAGCUGAUAGACAUUGCUUCUGCAUAGAUGAUGAGCUGUCAUAUGAAAAGUAAGUGCUUUGUAUUACAGGAUGUUCGUAGGCCAUAUGAGUGAUUCCUCACGAAACCAGGUGUGUAAUCAUUAAUCCAAUCAGGUUCAAAACGUUCUGUUUUGCAACAAGAACUAGCGUUUCUAUUGGGCAGGUUCAGCAAACAGGGCGGGACCUACCCGAAUCUGUCGAAUAGAAACAACAGUUUUGGUUGCAGAACUGAACGUUUUGAAACUGUUUGGAGUAAUGAUUAUACCCCAAGACAAAAAAAAAAAACUUUCGUCCAUUUAGUUUCAGUGGAAUGAAGAUGAUCUAUGAUGCUUUUGGGAAACUCACCCCUGGUUGAAUUUGAGAUUACUCGUGUACUGGAGCUCUACAAAGUGGUCAUUAUAGCUGGCACGGCCAUAAAGUCAUAAAAUCCGAUUUAAAACCUUAACCACACUGCUAACCCUAAUGCCUAACCUUAAAUUAAGACCAAAAACCUCAUUUUUGUUUUCAUGAAUUUUUACUAUAGACAAUUUUGACUUUGCAGCUUAACAUAUAUUUGAUAUUUGUAUGUAAAAGCAUAAUUGAGAAAUAAUAAAUACAAGUUGGCAUAUUUGACAUUUUGGCCUUACCCAGGCCUCCUGUUUAUGACUCCAUAAUGUUUCAUUUGAAGGUGCUACAAGGCAAAAAAAAAUAAUGAAGCUUUACCGCUUGCUCUUUUAAUAUGAGUAGUAUUUAUAUAUAUAUAUCUUUUUUUUACAGUAGUUUAUAAAAUAUAUAUAUAUACACAUACAUACAUACAUACAUACAUACAUACAUACAUGAAUAUUGAAAAAAACAAAUUAGUUGAUUUGGUCAUUUCUUUAUACAUUUACAUUUGAGUCAUUUAGCAGAUGCUCUUAUCCAGAGCGACUUACAUUAUAUAUAUAUAUAUAUAUAAAGAAAUGACCAAAUCAACUAAUUUGUUUUUUUCAAUAUUCAUGUAUGUGUGUAUAUAUUAUUUUUUUUAUUUUUUUUCUUUCUUUUGGUGACAUGAUAUCCUCGCAGGUCCCACUCACAUUCUGUUUGUGAAAACAGGGAAGAGGUGCCUUCCGUUGCUAGUAGUAGCUAGCUGGCAGCCUGGCUAGCUGGCUUUAGCCUGGCUAAAAACAUAGCAAGCUAGCUAGCCUUUUUAGCUUCCCACAUCUCCAUGUGAAAUAAUCAGAUUUAUAAUGAAAUAAUAUGCUCUAGCAAGUAUUCGUAUACUUACAAUGUUAUCCCAGUUUGAUAUGCUGCUUGAAUGUAUUCACUCCCAUAUCAGCUAAAAAUAGAAUUUCAUCAUGUUUUGGUCAUGGAAAAGCACAUAUCUUGCAGCUGUUUUUACCAGUCUCCUGGAAUCACUUGUUAUAACUUCUAAACAAAAUACAUUUGGGGGUGGGGGAGAUUCUAAUAAGGCUACCAUGUUGUUUGGUUUAUUGUUUGAACAGUCACAGAGAUUAUAUUUGCUUAUCAAUGCAAAAUAGCGAGCAAAAUUAAUUGCCUACACAACACUGCCCCCAUGGUUACAGAAGGGAUGAUACGGCGCGUUACAAUUUUCAUGUGGCACGGGAAUACGUCAGAAGUAGGCACACACUACAAGAAGCUGCCCCUUUUGUGAGGAAAAACGACAUUGCGACACAGCACUAUGCUCCGUCAGCUCUGUUUGCGUAUUCUGUGUAGACCCCUUUACUUGUAUCAUUGCACACCCUGCAAAUCACCAACAGAGGGCGACCAUUUUCAUAUUUGAAUCCAUUUUCACAUUCACUCUGUUGGUAAUGCUUACAAAUUGCAUCAUAACUUUAAAAGUAGCAGAGAUCCCACUCUCAAACUUUGAUAUGUCCGUAGAGUAUAUUAUCACAGAGUUUCUAAACCUAGAGGCCCAACAUCACAGUUUGGGAAGUCAAUGUGAGAAGUGAAAAAUGAUAAUUUAGUUGUUAAUUUUCUGCUGGCACAGCCUAAAUUUAAGCCAAUGUCUUAAGAAGAUGUUAUUACUCCAACCUCGUGAAAGUAACAAACUGACACGUUUUCAUUUUCGUCAAAACAACUUUAUAUAGAAGGAGUGCCUUGGACUUGACGGCCUGAGGAUGUGUUUCUGCACAUGAGCGUAGCUAGCUAACGUCGCCAUGACAUCGCCUACAAAUGUGAUCGGGAAUUUAUUUUGCAGAAGCAGUUUCUAGUCAUCUUCAUACUAAACCAUAUUUUUUGUUAUCUUUUUAAUUUCUCAAUAUUCAUAAAUGAAUGUAAUUUUUGUUAUUUAAGUAUUUCUCAAUUAUGAUACAAAUGUGAACCAUAUAAACUCAGCAAAAAAAGAAACGUCCCCUUUUCAGGACCCUGUCUUUCAAAGAUGAUUAGUAAAAAUCAAAAUAACUUCACAAAUCUUCAUUGUAAAGGAUUUAAACACUGUUUAUUAUGCUUGUUCAAUGAACCAUAAACAAUUAUUGAACAUGCACCUGUGGAACGGUCGUUAAGACACUAACCACUUACUGACGGUAGUCAAUUAAGGUCACAGUUAUAAAAACUUAGGACACUAAAGAAGCCUUUCUACUGACUCUGAAAAACACCAAAAGAAAGAUGCCCAGGGUCCCUGCUCAUCUGCAUGAACGUGCCUUAGGCAUGCUGCAAGGAGGCAUGAGGACUGCAGAUGUGGCAAUAAAUUGCAAUGUCCGUACUGUAAGAUGCCUAAGACAACGCUACAGGGAGACAGGACGGACAGCUGAUCGUCCUCACAGUGGCAGACCACGUGUAACAACACCUGCAAAGGAUCGGUACAUCCGAACAUCACACCUGCGGGACACCAGGAACGCACAAUCCCUCCAUCAGUGCUUAGACUGUCCACAAUAGGCUGAGAGAGGCUGGACUGAGGGCUUGUAGGCCUGUUGUAAGGCAGGUCCUCACCAGACAUCACCGGCAACAACGUUGCCUAUGGGCACAAACCCACCGUCACUGGACCAGACAGGACUGGCAAAAGGUGCUCUUCACUGACGAGUCGCGGUUUUGUCUCACCAGGAGUGAUGGUCGGAUUCGCGUUUAUCAUCGAAGGAAUGAGCGUUACACCGAGGCCUGUACUCUGGAGCGGGAUCGAUUUGGAGGUGGAGGGUCCGUCAUGGUCUGGGGCGGUGUGUCACCGCAUCAUCGGACUGAGCUUGUUGUCAUUGCAGGCAAUCUCAACGCUGUGCAUUACAGGGAAGACAUCCUCCUCCCUCAUGUGGUACCCUUUCUGCAGGCUCAUCAUGACAUGACCCUCCAGCAUGACAAUGCCACCAACCACACUGCUCGUUCUGUGCGUGAUUUCCUGCAAGACAGGAAUGUCAGUGUUCUGCCAUGGCCAGCGAAGAGCCCAGAUCUCAAUCCCAUUGAGCACGUCUGGGACCUGUUGGAUCGGAGGGUGAGGGCUAGGGCCAUUCCCCCCAGAAAUGUCUGGGAACUUGCAGGUGCCUUGGUGGAAGAGUAGGGUAACAUCUCACAGCAAGAACUGGCAAAUCUGGUGCAGUCUAUGAGGAGGAGAUGCACUGCAGUACUUAAUGUAGCUGGUGGCCACACCAGAUACUGACUGUUACUUUUGUUCAAGGACACAUUAUUCUAUUUUGUUAGUCACAUGUCUGUGGAACUUGUUCAGUUUAUGUCUCAGUUGUUGAAUCUUGUUAUGUUCAUACAAAUAUUUACACAUGUUAAGUUUGCUGAAAAUAAACGCAGUGGACAGAGGACGUUUCUUUUUUUGCUGAGUUUGUCAACAAUCCUUACCCCAAAGGAUCAUUCUAUGGAUUACAUUUCGUGAAAAUCCAAAAGAUCAUGGUCUUUUUUUGUCCUGGUUUCAUGAGGAAUCACUCGUAUGCAAAUGCAUUGUUAGUACCACUACACAGACCAAACCAAGUACAGUCAAUUGAGUCGAGUACAUGAAGAACUGACAACUCUUUUUAAGUGUAUUUGAAGUUCAGUAGUCAAUUGUUCUGCUCAGGAAGUCCUAAACCAUUGCAGAUAUUUCUCAAACAUGGAAAGGGAGUUCAUGUUCUGUCAAGUUUAUUGUAUCUCAUCCUUGUCCCACUAAUAGUAGGUCUGUCCUUUCAUGAGGUUGAAUACAACUUCACUAUACAGUGCAUUUGGAUAGUUUUCAGACUUUUUCUACAUUUUGUUAUGUUACAGCCUUAUUCUAAAAUUGAUUAAAUUGUAUUUUUUUCUCAUCAAUCUACACAUGAUAUAAAAAUAAAAACUGAAAUAUCACAUUUACAUAAGUAUUUAGAGCCUUUACUCAGUUCUUUGUUGAAGCACCUUUGCCAGCGAUUACAGCCUAGAGUCUUCUUGGGUAUGAUGCUACAAGCUUGGCACACCUGUAUUUGGGGAGUUUCUCCCAUUCUUCUCUGCAGACCCUCUUAAGCUCUGUCAGGUUGGAUGGGGAGCGUCGUUGAACAGCUAUUUUCAACGAUGUUCGAUCGGGUUCAAGUCCGGGCUCUGGCUGGGCCACUCAAGGACAUUCAGAGACUUGUUCCGAAGCCACUCCUGCGUUGUCUUGGCUGUGUGCUUGGGGCCGUUGUCCUGUUGAGCAGGUUUUCAUCAAGGAUCUCUCUGUACUUUGCUCCGUUCAUCUUUCCCUUGAUCCUGACUAGUCUCCCAGUCCCUGCUGCUGAAAAACAUCCCCACAGCAGGAUGCUGCCACCACCAUGCUUCACCAUAGGGAUGGUGCCAGGUUUCCUCCAGACGUGACGCUUGGCAUUCAGGCCAGAUAAUCUUGUUUCUCAUGGUCUGAGAGUCUUUAGGUUUCUUUUGGCAAAUCAAAGCGGGCUGUCAUGUGCCUUUUACUGAGGAGUGGCUUCCGUCUGGCCACUCUACCAUAAAGGCCUGAUUGGUGGAGUGCUGCAGAGAUGGUUGUCCAUCUGGAAGGUUCUCCCAUCUUCACAGAGGAACUCUGGAGCUCUAUCAGAGUGACCAUUUGGUUCUUGGUCACCUCCCUGACCAAGGCCCUUCUCGCCCGAUUGCUCAGUUUGGCCAGGCGGCCAGCUCUGGGUAGAGUCUUGGUGGUUCCAAACUUCUUCAAUUUAAGAAUGAUGGAGGCCACUGUGUUCUUGGGGACCUUCGAUGCUGCUGAAUUGUUUUGAUACCCUUCCCCAGAUCUGUGCCUCGACGCAAUCCUGUCUCGAAGCGCUAUGAAUAAUUCCUUCGACCUCAUGGCUUGGUUUUGCUCUGACAGGCGCUAUCAACUGUGGGACCUUAUAUAGAUAGGUGGGUGCCUUUCCAAAUCAUGUCUAAUCAAUUGAAUUUACCACAGGUGGACUCCAAUCAAGUUGUAGAAACAUCUCAAGAAUGAUCAAUGGAAACAGGAUGCACCUGAGCUCAAUUUCGAGUCUCAUAGCAAAGGGUCUGAAUACUUAUGUAAAUAAGAUAUUUCAGUUUUUUAUUUUGAAUAAAUGUGCAAACAUUUCUUAACCUGUUUUCGCUUUGUCAUUAUGGGGUAUUGUGUGUAGAUUGAGGGGAAAAAAUAAUUUCAUCAAUUUUAGAAUAAGGCUGUAACAUAAAAAUGUUGAAAAAGUAAAGACAUCUGAAUACUUUCCGAAUGCACUGUAAGUGUUGAACAUUAAUGAAUAGCAUAUGUGGAUAUCCAAGUAUGAAUGUUCAUCAGCAAAGAGGAUAGUUCACACGCAGUGUAACAUUAUAGGCUCGGAAAUGUGAAUAUUGUGACAAGAAAUGUCUCCAUCCAUUAGGUUUCUUCAGAGGCUUAGGCCUAUUUAGGAGAGCUGAUUUAUUGAUUGAUCUGCAAAGUUAUGAACAGUCUAAUGAAACGUUGCUUUAACAGUCAAUCUGCCUGUGCCUUGUGUUCUCUCUUCUUCAGCUUCUAUGCAGACUUUGGUCCGCUCAACCUGGCCAUGUUUUAUCGCUUCUGUUGCAAGCUCACUAAAAAGCUCAAGGUAAAGGAACUCUGUAACCUCAACACACACACUGACAGAGGACUUGGUCAAUUGAUAGUCAACAGUUCUCUCAGCCUAACCAAACAGAAGUUAUGUACCCCUUUCUGACUAGUGUGAAUGUUUGUAGAUUCUUGAAGAGACUGUUGGCAGGGUUUUAGAACUUGUGAUUUGUAUAGCAUUGUAGUCUCGUAAACCCGACUCUAGGAAACAGCAGUGACUAGGGUCUGGUUUCAAUGACAGACUCUUUCGGCAACUUUGAUAAAGGAAAAAUAUGUAUAUUUAGGGAUGGGUCCUCUUCAGACAGACAACUCUCCCAACAAAUCACGAGGCAGACAUGCCAGAACGUCGUGAUUCGAAACCUAAGUUUGCAGGCAAAACCUUUGCAGUGGUUUUAGUGAAGGUAGUUGAUUCAAACUAGCCAUUUGCGAAAUGCACUCAUUAAAAAUAACCUCUGAUCUCCAUCUUGCUAGCUACUAUUUAGUAUUUUAUUCAAGCGGAUAAGGUAGUGACGUAGACAGUGACGUAGUUCCUCUAUGCCAAAAUGACGUUCUAUUGUUAAAUCGGAAUAUUAGAACAUUUUGGGAGGAAACCCGGAUGUCUAGAGAGACUAAGAGCAUUGAGUUCAGAGAUAUCCUAGUCCAGUCCUGGUAAACCCAAUGACAGUCUGACUUAUAGCAGGCCUAUGCCUAUUGGUGGAACACAAGCUUAUAUGGAAAAGUUGUUACAAAACAUAAACUUUUCCAUUUAUUACUGUUCUAUAUGUUGUCAACUCUACUUGCUAUGUUGUUAGUCUGUCGUAGUCAGGGAUCAGGAUUGUUUUGUGUAGUGAUGUGCAGUAUGGGCGGCAGGUAGCCUAGCAGAUAAAAGCGUUGGGCCAGUAACCGAAAGGUUGCUGGUUCGAAUCCCCGAGCUGACUAAGUGAAAAAUCUUUCUGUGCCUUUGAGCAAGCAGGAAUCACUCCGUCAUUUCCUGGUUGCUAAAAUUCGAAUAGUUCGCCUAAUUUCAGUUUGUGACAAAACAAGCAAGUAUAGUGUAGAAAAUUAUUGUACCAUCUAAACUGGUGUGAAAUAUAUUUUCCAUAACCAAAAAGAUUGAAUUUUCAGCUGUUUGAGGCUGUUGUACAAAACCAAAAGUAAAAGACGCAAAAACGAAACUUAAGAACGGGAAGCAUAGAAAUAGCGCACAUAGAACAGAUCUACUGCUUCUUAGACUUGCUUUCAAUGAGAAUGACAGAUCUAUAACACACAUUUCUAUGUGAAUUUGGUCGGGUCGCCCUAAAAGAUGCAUAUUGCAACUUUAAUCCUAAUUGCUCCUGUAAAUCACUCUAGAUAAGUGUCUGCUAAAUGAAUUAAAUGUAAUUGGCUAAUUAUUAUUUUGUUGUCAUCUGGAGCAGUCAUUCACACUAGCAAAGAAGAAGAUAGUAUUCUACACCUGUGGAGACCAAAAGAAACAAGCCAACGCUGCCUAUCUUAUUGGUUCAUAUGCAGUAAGUAUUUCUCACUCAGCAGAGAAGUCAUACUGAUUGAUAGCCCUGAACCCAUGAUUGAUUGUAUGUUACCGGGUAAUAAAAGUGCUUGUAAAUCUUCAUUAUAAUGUUGCUGCUGUUAUCCGUUAGUAGUUCCUCCGUAAUACUGGCCUGUGUUUGUUUUGAAGGUGAUGCAUCUUCAGAAGACACCAGAGGAAGCCUACAGUCUACUGGUGUCCAGGAACUCUACCUACCUACCCUUCAGGUAAACACACACACAAACACAGAACUUCCAGAGAGAGGAACUCCUCAAGAGCACACAUUAGAAAGUAGUGCCAAUCACAAUUGAUCAAUGUCAUAUUGUUAAGCUUUUAAUACCCUGUAUUUAUUUAGUCCUAAAUGUGGUAUGAAUGCUUUAUGCAGAUAGAUUUGAAUUGUUUCUAAAUGUAAUUGUUUUGUUUGUUUUAAACAGAGAUGCCUCUUUUGGAACCUGCUUGUACAAUCUGAGCAUUCUAGACUGCCUGUGCGCCAUAUACAAGGUAUAGUGCUUCAGUCAGUCUGAUGUUAGUCUAACAAGUUAAUUUGCAGCUGCACAUUUAUGAAAUGUAAAACAUUUUGCAUAGUGUUCCAUGCUUCAAAUAAAAUGAACUUCCAUAAAAUAUAUCUCCAGGCUCUGCAGUUUGGCUGGCUUGAUUUCUCCCGGUUUGAUGUGGAGGAAUACGAACAUUACGAGGUAAGUUUAUCACUGUCAUAUUUCAGAAUGCAACUUGGGUGAACACAAAGGAUUCGUAAUUGUCUGUCCAUAUCUCUUUGUUGCAGAGAGCAGAAAAUGGAGAUUUCAACUGGAUAAUUCCUGGGAAAUUCCUAGCGUUCAGCGGUCCUCAUCCAAAAAGCAAAAUGGAGAACGGUAGGUUGAAACCCUCCAGAUUAGUUUUCUGCAAUCUGAGCUGUAAAGAAAUGUCUGCAUAAAAAAAAAAAAUGCCAAUGUGGAACAUGCUGCCACAUUGAUCUUUUCCCGACUGAGAAUGACUGGCAAAUUAACUCCCUUUAGCCUAUACUUACAAAGCGGACAUCGAAAACAUGAAACAUUUCAGUCACAGAACUUUAUCAAAUGAAUGAUCAUUUUACAAGUAAACACGGUGUGUACACUUUCCCUACAUGCCUGUGUACAAAUACAUGUGACUUCAGGUGUGCAGAAGUAAAGCAUUUUCAAUUGCACCUUUCUACAAAAACAUUUUGUUCUCUCCAGGUUACCCUCUCCAUGCCCCCGAGGCCUACUUUCCUUACUUCAGGAAACACAAUAUCACAACCAUUGUCCGUCUCAACAAAAAGAUGUAUGACGCCAAGCGCUUCACGGACAUGGGCUUCGAGCACCACGACCUCUUCUUCGUGGACGGAAGCACGCCAAACGACUCAAUCGUCAGGAAGUUCCUCAACAUCUGUGAGAACUCAGACGGAGCUAUCGCUGUUCACUGCAAAGGUACAUUACCUCAUUACAUUACCUUUUCAUACCUCAAACUUGGCCUGUAGGCCUCAGUCCCAAAUUAAUGGGAAAGAUUGACACCAUAACUGUGAUCAAACACUACAGUCGUGGUGAAAAGUUUUGAGAAUGACACAAAUAUAAAUUUUCACAAAGUCUGCUGCCUCAGUUUUUAUGAUGGCAAUUUGCAUAUACUCCAGAAUGUUAUGAAGCGUGAUCAGAUGAAUUGCAAUUAAUUGCAAAGUCCCUCUUUGCCAUGAAAAUGAACUUCAUCCCAAAAAAACAUUUCCACUGCAUUUCAGCCCUGCCACAAAAGGACCAGCUGACAUCAUGUCAGUGAUUCUCUCGUUAACACAGGUGAGAGUGUUGACGAGGACAAGGCUGGAGAUCAAUCUGUCAUGCUGAUUGAGUUAGAAUAACAGACUGGAAGCUUUAAAAGGAGGGUGGUGCUUGAAAUCAUUGUUCUUCCUCUGUUAACCAUGGUUACCUGCAAGGAAACACGUGCCGUCAUCAUUGCUUUGCACAAAAAGGGCUUAACAGGCAAGGAUAAUGCUGCUAGUAAGAUUGCACCUAAAUCAACCAUUUUAUCGGAUUAUCAAGAACUUCAAGGAGAGAGGUUCAAUUGUUGUGAAGAAGGCUUCAGGGCGCCCAAGAAAGUCCAGCAAGCGCCAGGACCGUCUCCUAAAGUUGAUUCAGCUGCGGGAUCGGGGGCACCACCAGUGCAAAGCUUGCUCAGGAAUGGCAGCAGGCAGGUGUGAGUGCAUCUGCGCGCACAGUGAGGCAAAUACUUUUGGAGGAUGGCCUGGUGUCAAGAAGGGCAGCGAGGAAGCCAUUUCUCUCCAGGAAAAACAUCAGGGACAGACUGAUAUUCUGCAAAAGGUACAGGGAUUGGACUGCUGAGGACUGGGGUAAAGUCAUUUUCUCUGAUGAAUCCCCAUUCCUAUUGUUUGGGGCAUCCGGAAAAAAGCUUGUCCGGAAGAAGACAAGGUGAGCGCUACCAUCAGUCCUGUGUCAUGCUAACAGGAAAGUAUCCUGAGACCAUUCAUGUGUGGGGUUGCUUCUCAGCCAAGGGAGUGGGCUCACUCACAGUUUUGCCUAAGAACACAGCCAUGAAUAAAGAAUGGUACCAACACAUCCUCCGAGAGCAACUUCUCCCAACCAUCCAAGAACAGUUUGGUGACGGACAAUGCCUUUUCCAGCAUGAUGGAGCACCUUGCCAUAAGGCAAAAGUGAUAACUAAGUGGCUCGAGGAACAAAACAUCGACAUGGCCAGGAAACUCCCCAGACCUUAAUCCCAUUGAGAACUUGUGGUCGAUCCUCAAGAGGCGGGUGGACAAACAAAACCCCACAAAUUCGGACAAACUCCAAGCAUUGAUUAUGCAAGAAUAGGCUGCCAUCAGUCAGGGUGUGGCCCAGAAGUUAAUUGACAGCAUGCCAGGGUGGAUUGCAGGGGUCUUGAAAAAGAAGGGUCAACACUGCAAAUAUUAACUCUUUUUAUAAACUUAAUGUAAUUGUCAAUAAAAGCCUUUGACACUUAUGGAAUGCUUGUAAUUAUACUUCAGUAUACCAUAGUAACAUCUGACAAAAAUAUCUAAAAACACUGAAGCAGCAAACUUUGUGAAGACCAAUACCAAUACUGAUCCCAAUGUUUUUCAGCUGGUCUGGGUCGAACAGGCACUCUGAUAGGCUGCUACAUGAUGAAGCACUACCGCCUGACUGCGGCUGAGGCCAUCGCCUGGAUGCGUAUCUGCCGGCCCGGAUCGGUCAUCGGACCACAACAAAACUUUGUGGAAGAGUAUGUGUCUGAUUUAUCUAGAUUCAAUCCAUUGUUGUGAAGGAUAUUGCUGUAUAGAUCAGUGGUCACCAGCUCUAGUCCUGGAGAGCCACAGGCAGACUUUUGUUCCAACCCAGCACUAACGCACCCAAUUCAACUCAGGUUUUUCAGUUCUGGGAGCUCUUGGAUUGAGUUGAGUAUCAAUUGUUGAUCAGUAUCAAAGAUGUUUGUAGGGAGAUGUACAACUUGAAUGCUGUUUUCCUAUUAUGCCGCAGUAAUCAGAGCCGCCUGUGGUCGGAGGGCGACGUGUUCCGGGAGAAAAUAAAUGAGCAGGAAAACGGCAAGCUGGCUGUCACCAGGAUCCUGUCGGGGGUUGAUGACAUCACCCUCAACGGCAGCAACAAGAACAGGACGUCCGAGAAAGAACUGGUGAGAGUUUUGGAAAUCCUGUCUGGUUACUUUGAUGUGAAGAAAUUGAAUAAACCUUAAUGAAAAGAAAGGAGGGAAUAGUGAGCAAAUGGAUUCCUCUGUCUGUGUACCUCUUACCAUUUCUCUUUCAUCUCCCUCAGUAUAAUGACGAUGAGGAGAUGAAUGGCGUCACGCAGGGUGAUAAACUGCGAGCCCUGAAAAGCAAGAGACAGGCCAGAGCAUCCACAGGCUCCCAAUCGUAAGUAUCCCAUCUACCUUCAACUCCCAUCAUGCAUCACACUGACUUGUUUCAGGAUACUGAAAUAAGUGCACCCCCCCUCCUCUCCCAAUUCCCUGCAUUUGGUUGAGCUAUCAAAUUAAUUAAAUAGGUUUAUUUAGUGCUCAAAGCUCAUAAAAUUGUAAUGGGGGGGUGGUAGGAACAGGCUGUGUAGUCAUGUUAUCCAAGUCAUUCAUUGUAUUGAUGUUAAGAGAAAGUUGAGGUUUCAUUAGGAUUAUAACUUGAGAUCAUUUGGGAUUGUAGUUUCUAUUUUUCAUGUCAUUUCAUGCUCCCCCAUUCAUUCUUGGGAGGCAAGGAUUUGAUUUUAGCCUAAUGAUAGUUGGCCCAUUUAUAGGUAUAUUUGCUAUGGGUUGUUAUACAGGUUUUGGGUUUAUAUAACAGUCCGCUUGUUGUUCUGUUGGUGCCGUGUAUUGGGUCUUGUAGUCGUCAUGGUUUAUUUUCCAUUGUCUGCCUCAAAACCAUACAAUAGCUGCAACUUAUGAUUCUAACACUGAUUGACUGUUGUUGAUGAUGAGAACAUUGGCUAUGUAGAAUGACUGAAAGUAGUGUCUUAUAAGCCCUUAUGGGCUGGGCACACUGCACUAUUUUAAUGAGCGCCAGAUUUACUAUUUUAAUGGGCACCAUGUUGGUACUUCCACUCAGAAUCCAAAUAAGAAUGCUAUGGUUGUGGAACAUUUGGUGCCAACAUGGAGGACAGUUUGUAGACCUCUGUGAACACCUAUGGCUAUGGGUUUUGUUAUCCCGUGGCAGGCAGGCGGUAGUAUACUGCUGGAGCCUCUUAGGCACCGUGUGGCCAGAGUGCUGUCUGCCUUUCAAAAUGUAGCAGAGAGAGCGAGACAGAGAGGGGGAAAUACAGAGAAAAAAACAGAGAGAGGAAGUGAGGUUUUGUAUCAUGGAGGUAAGUGCAUGUCACUUCUUGUCUGACUAGCUUCCUCGUCCUGUAUACAUGGUUGCCAUGCCAAUGGAUGUAUGGCUUUUGGGUGACUGCGGUACGAUAAGGUAUCCAGUGGAUGGAUAAUGUGAUGAAUGAUUUUGGUCACCUGCUCUGGCACGUGCUGCUUUGAUAUGCACAGGCUAGCAAGGGUGAGAACUGGGAAUCUCCAGUAGACGGGAUUCCGAGGACUUCUCAUACUAUUGAUUGAGACAGCUGCUCAACAGAAUGUGGUUUCUCCAUCAUCAUGGAUACAGCAAUAUGCUCUGAGAUUUGCUGUUCAUGGCAGCCCAAACCUUGCCCUCCUAUUAUUAAACUCCAGCAUAAUCUAGCUACCAUUUAGUUUUUCUCUGUGAAAGGGAUAAUGCAACAUUGACUGUGGGCACGUGUGAUCUAUUUUUACCUCCUAUGCAUGACUAAAAGCAUGAUUUAACCUUUGAACAUGCAUGGUCUCUGUAUUGUACCUAAUAUGUUGUAAGUGUUGGGCCCGGUUGAAUGUAAAAUGCCUGUUCUUUUUCCAUUGUGUUAGUGACUGGGUCAGUGCCUGCCUAUUGUCCGAGCCUUGCUUCUUCCUGCCAAAAAAUCCUCUUCUCUCUACUGAACCACACCCACAUUUAUCUUGUAAGAAUCCCUCAUUGACUCGUCGUAGAAAGGGUCCAAUCACCAUAGGCCACUUUCAUCUGCCUAUUGUAUUCAUGUCUUUGAAAUGAUAUUGCUCAUUAUUUUCAUGAAAGUCUCCAUUUCUUUCCACCAGUAUCGUCCACAGGCACAGUUAGACUCAGAUUAUGUUCUACUAAGCUACUAGGGCGGCAGGUAGCUUAGUGCUUAAGAGCGUUGUGCCAGUAACCGAAAGGUCGCUGGUUCUAAUCCCCGAGCCGACUAGGUGAAAAAUCUGUCGAUGUGCCCUUGAGCAAGGCACUUAACCCUAAUUGCUCCUGUAAGUCGCUCUGGAUAAGAGCGUCUGCUAAAUGACUAAACUGUAGAUUCCAGAAUGUAUCCUACUCAUGAUUGUGAAAUGCCCUUGGUGUUCACUGUGGGAACAGUCCUCGUGACAACAUUUGGCUUCUGGACGAACAGAGGUGUAUAAGCCCAGUUAUCUUUAGGUGAUGUAUUUACACAGUAAAACACACAUUGUGUGAAGCUUUUCUUCAGUUUUCUAGGCCUAUGGAGGGGCCUUUGUUCUUGCACCAUGUCGUUGAUUGCCUUCUCCAUUGAAGUCAGUCUUUUAGAGGAAACUGGAAGCAAGCUUUGAUGUUUCCUUAAAUGUUGAACCAUUCUUAGGCCUAUAACUGCGCAAACGCAGAAGAUGGUAGACUCUGAAAUGCGCCACUAGACCACCAUUUGGGAAACAGUUUUAGCAUGCUGUGGAAAACAAGUUGUGUAAAAUCAAUGCAAGAACUUGGAAGGAGGUGAGACUUGAAUUAGUGAAAACCUAGCAGGUACCUUUUCUGCUAUGGUGAGAAGGCUUUAUUUAGUCUGGUUCUGCUAGUGGAUUUGUAGCCUGGAAGCCUAACUGUUUCAGCAUUUAAUAAUGCCACUUUGCUGCCUUGUCAAUCAAGAUAACCAGUUGGCUGAAGUGGAAAGGGUCUGGCACCCAGGCUAGUGGAUGUGUAGGACUCAGGACGGGGUGUUGCUGUUGGCUAAGCCUGACCCAGUUCCAGUGGAAAAAAGAAUGUGAGAUUCUCUGGAUGUCUCUCUGUGCGUCCUUUCUGUCAUGUUUUUGUUUCUGUUCUGUUUGUUGGAUGUUUUCCCCCUCCUCCUUUAGAUGGUUGGUAGCCAUGCUGCUCUCGUCCCUGUGUAGCCUUGCCCUGUGGUGGAUUGUGUAUGGCUUCCCUUCUUCCAUCCUGCAUUUCUGUAUAGACGGGUUAGGAUUUCACUGAGCUCUCCUGCCCGCCCGUCCCCCAAACUCUUCCCCCUUCCGGAAUCUAACUGAGAAUGCUGUAAGUGUGCCCCCUCACCUUAAUAACCCCCUCAACAAGAGUUUAUUUGCUGGGGCCCCUCCUCCUGCCUCCAUCCUCACCUUUCUUUAGACUUCUAAAGCUCCUUCAGAGUUCUAAUAAAGUUUUGUCACACCCUGGCUGCAACUGACUUUAUUUUAUAUUUGACUGACUUUAUUAAAAAAAAUUGCAAACGAGGAGAAGUAGGGAUCACGUUUCUAUGAUGUGUUACUUAGGCCUUUGUGUCAGUCUUGGAGAGUUUUGGAAAUGCCUUUUUUCCUUUUUAACUUAAAACACUGUAAGUAAUAACCACUUCCUGUUUUUACAUUUCACUCCAUGAAUCUCUGUUUUGGAAUAAUCUUACCAGUAGCUGCAUAUCAGCAAUGCCAAUGCAAAUCACUCCCACCCAAACUGAAUAGUGCGCUUCAAGGAAUCGAUGAAAGCAGAUAUUGAUCAAAUUCCUAAUUAAGUGCUACAAAGCCAUCAACCAGCUUAUAUUUGACCUCUGGCAAGCCUCCAGCACCUGAAUAACAAACAAAGUGGUUACAUAGCCUCACAUUCAGCUUUGCAUCAAACUCGGUGUCAGCUAGUUCCUCUGAGCCAUGAGUAAAUGAAUGAUCAACAUCUUAGAAUGUUCUGGAUGAUUCUGCGGCUGCUUGCUCUCUCUCUCUCUCACUCAGUCUCUGCACCUCCAAGCUAUGUGGUCUCAAUCUCCUCCUGUCUUUCUCCCUCCCUUGCUGUUGAUAUUGAAAUAUGGUGUGUGUUUGUGUGUUUUACAGACAAGAAGAAAAAAAUAUCCACAGCAGGUCAUCGCGGUCUUUAAGGUACUUAAACGCUUCCUGAAUGUGUCUCUCUCACACACACUCUCUACCUCUUUGUACACACCCGUUGAGAAUAAGCAUUAAACUAAUGGAGAAAACUCACUAGACCGAUUGUCCAGCUGCACAGUAUGGGGCCGUUGGUUCACUUGCUGUCGCCGUUGGCAACUGAAGGCCGUCAUGUUCGCCCGUUUCUACGUGUAGCAUUGGUUUGCAAAUUACGGCCGGCACUCUGUUCAGAGGGGCUAAGUACUCUCGGCCGGCAGACGCUUGACAAUCCUACCAGUCUGUCCGUUCUCUAAGUGUGUGAUCUCUCUCUGCUCCAGGAUUCUCCUUCAGUCCAGUGGGCAGAGCUGUAAGGCUGUGUUGAACCCCUCCCAUCUCCCUGAUGCCUCCGAGAACAGGAAGAGAACCAGAACCUCACUGCCUGCCAAUAGUGUGGGGGGCAGGUUAGUGUCAAAGUCUCCAAUAAGCCGUGCUAUUGAAUUCUAACUAGUACUUUCAUCGACAGCAGUGCAAUAUUAAUGUGAAAGUCUGUAUAAGGUGUGUGUAACUGAUAGAUUAAUUUGUAUGUUUAUUGUAAUGACUAAGGAUUCCACCCCAAUACUGUAUAAAUGUGUAAACUGUGUUAGAGUUAUAAAACAAUAAACCCACUAACAGGGAAGAGGGGUAGAAACUGCUGAGACAAACAGUCCAGGGGAAAGGAGACCUAGAAACUGUCAAACUUAAACAUUCUAUACUGUGGAAAGUCACAGGCCGCUUAAAGGUGGGCGGAGCAAGUUCCUUUGUGUGAACGCAUAUAAAAAGGCUGUGUAUGUUUUUAGCGGAAGAUCUCUCAUGAAUAAAAAGACUGACCUAUUGCAGAACAGGACUUUGUUUAAUUCAUUAUUAAACCAGAGCCUUACACCCUCUGGGAAUUAUUCAAAGCUUGAGUGAUAGUUGAGUUCAACCAUUGAGAUAACAAAAUUCUCGUGACAGUAACUCAAGUUAGGAUUUGUCAGAGGAAAUGCUGAUCUAGUUUGCUCUAUUUCUCAUAUUUGUUAGCUGAAUAUUCUGUCAAAUGUUUGAAGGUUAUAUUUACGCAGUCAUACAGAAAAGAGUUGACACAAGUGUGUGAAGUAAACUGGACAGAAUUAGCCAUAGCCAUACAUGGUUUAUGAUGACUCGAUUAACCCCUUCCCUCCUCUGCCACCUCCCUGUGCCACUCCAGACUAGCCAGGUCUCUAGACAGCAUGCAUGUAGUGGCCAGUGACAGAGAGCCAGUGUGCUGUGAGCCCAGUGGCUGCCAUAGAGACACAGUCAACGCAGGCAGCCCAGUCAGCACAGGCAACCUGCCCAACCUAAACAUGCUGCAGGCCCCUCAGAAGGCAAGCCCCUCCUCAACCCCUUUCUCUGGGCUCAACCUCAAUCUCGCCUACUCUGGGGGUCCCCCACACACCAAGGGUCUGCUUAACUUUGCAUUUCAUAUGAGCAAACAUCUUCUAUAUCUGUUUGUGCUCUAGGCUUCCAACACUUUCAAGCUCCCUUCAACACUCAGGCUCAAACACUUGAACACUCUCUCCAGCUCUUUACACUCCCUAUGGCUUCUUGCGUGUCCUAUUGGAAUGGAUGAUUCAGGAGUAUGACUGGCUAUAGCUUCUCUGGACUUUACUGCUCACACUGUGACUCCUUGCUUUCAGACCCCGACAACCUUCUGUUGGUUGUUGGUGAUUCUGCUGACAUAAAUCAUUGGGGAAUCAAUCAUAUAACACUUUCCUUUUUCUUUCACCCCUUUUUCCUUUUUUAAUUUCACUCCUAACAGACGCACUGUGUCCAGAGGACGGAAAACUCGAUGCUCUUUACAAUCAAUGCGCUUAACGAGACUAUGGUAUCUAUUUCCCUUUUCUAUCCCAUUUGUAUGGCUCAUUGCUCUGUUCUAUGCUGCUGUUGUGUCUCUAGACAACCCCUACUCUUAAUUGCCCACAUAUCUCUAAGUCCUUUAUAAGAUUAAAAUAGACAGACUGCAUACAUAGUAAAGUCUUGUAUAUUGUGUUUUUGUAACCCCUCUUUAGGGUCUUUUAAUGAAUAGAAGACAUUGUAGUAUUGUUGAGAAUUUGUAGUGUAUUAUCUGCAUGUCCCAUUUCUCUCCGCCUGGAUGUAAUUGUGUGCUUUUUGUCCCUUCAGUCACUCCAUACCAAAAGCUAGAGCUCCUCUACUGCGCUGAGCCUGGCUUUCCGGAGUUCUAAAGGAGUCCAGUCUACCUACAGCUCCUGCAAAUUGAGAUUUUUUUUUGUUUCUUAAGAGAGACUGGGUUUAUUUUGCUUGAACCAGUCAAGUCAAUAUUUGUUAAAGUGAUGAUGUUGGAUGAGGAAAUUAUGCAUCUGAUUGUGAACGGGAAGAAUGAGUUAUCAGAUACAAUUAAGAUGUAAACCAUGUUUGGUUAGUUUGGAAUUAAUUUGCCAACUCUCUUUAUCAAAGGCACUACUUUUGUUAUAUAUUUCACUGUUUAUAUCAUGGAACCAACUUUUAAAAGGUUGAAUGCUUCUUAAAAUUACACCAUAUUCUCUGUACACUAGUCCUGGCCAUAAGUAGUGGGAAUAGAGUGCCACUUCAGAUGUACGUAUUCGUUGCCUGCUUGUUUACAAACUAGUAGAAGGUUGCCAUAGGAAUCCAGACUGAUCCUGAACCGUCAGACUAAUGUCAAUCUGCUUGUUAGUGAAGGUACUCCAGAGCUUGGCACCGUCCACUUUUUAAAACCUUUGGAUGAUAUGGAUCAGGUCAUGUCCAGUUGUUUGGAAGUUGAGGUGUUUUGUAGAUAAAAUAAUUUGUGAAAAGCCCAGCUCAAAUCGGCCCACUUGAACAUGCACAAUGUCUACUUUAAGGGGUAUGCUGUUUUGGGAGCAUCUUUCAGAAUGUUAGACAAAAAUGUAAUGCACAGAAGUAAUACAAUGCCCGCCUCUGUUCAAUAAUAGAUGGUUUGUCCACGCUGUAAAUUCUAAUUUCACUUGUGUUUCACUUGGCUCUAUUCAACUCGUGUCGCAGAAGUUCAGCGUUCCAGCAUGAUUGAAAUUGAAUGGCAAUGUUCCCGCGUUAGCACGGUAAACGCUGCAUAUGUCCUUUCAAUC